AUGUACUUCAGCGCAGCAGCCAUCAUCGCCCUCCUGCCUGCCCUGGGCUCUGCCACCUGUUACAUCUGCGGUGGCGCUACGCAGAGCCCUCUAGGAGCCUCCUUGAUGCAAGAUGAUGGCAACCCCAACGCUGGCAACGCCCCAGGAGACAAUGCGUGCGGCCUCUCAAUAUUCGUGGAGCUCACGCAAAACCAGCAGCAGCCCUCGGUAGAAGACUGCCAGCAGAUGGUCGCCAACAUCCAAGGCGACUUCUCCUGGCCAGUAGACCAGAACGGCGAGACACUGGCAUCGUUCGGAACUUGCUGCUUCAACGCUCGAACUCAAGGCGGAACAGGCUACGUGGGCAACGCAGAUAUCGCCGACCUGACCAACGACUCGAUCAAACAGUACAGCGACAACGGCUACAUCGACUGCCACGGCCAAUACCACAUGUUCGUUUCGUCUGCUGGCGGUAUGCGCUGCGAUCAGAACGACUGGUAUACCGGCCAGCAAGUCCAGGUUGACUGGACUCUUACGCUCUGUUAA